GAACGGGUUGGUCUGGAGCAGGUGAUCGCGAUUUGGUUAUCUAUUUGUCUUUCGACAAAUUAUAUGUCUGAAUGAUAAUCGGUUACAGAUGAGAGCUGCUUCUUUGGUCGCUUAUUUUACAAAGGGUUCGACAGCUUUUCUUUCGCGAAAAACUUUGUGCGAGCAGUUGAAAAGGAUGGCACAUGUCGGUACCGUUGAUAACGUCGUCGUGCAAAUGAAGACAGACGUGAAGGCGAUAUUUAACGCGGCAGUAGACUCUGUUUUGCCGCGACAAAUGGUCCACAACAGCCUGAAGCUGUCCGGAAACGUGCUGAAUGUGGAGGACAGGUCCUACAUGCUGAACCACAACGUGCACGUGGUGGGGUUUGGGAAGGCGGUGGGAGGGAUGAUACGUGCUGUGGAGGAGGAGGUGGGGGACCACAUCGUGGGGGGCGUGGCCAGCGUGCCGCUAGGAACCCAGGAAGCACUCCGGGCCAAGGGCAGAGGGGACCUGCUGCCUCUGCCAGACAGUAAGGUGGUCCUGAUGGAAGGUGCAGCAGACAACCUUCCUGAUGAGGCUGCUCACACUGCUGCACAGAGGAUCUGUGACCAGGUCAGCAGUCUGACAGCAGGGGAUCUUCUUAUUGUCCUCAUCUCAGGUGGUGGUUCUGCCCUUCUGCCUGCCCCUGUCCCCUCCGUCACCCUGCAGGAGAAGCAGAGUGUGACUAGGCUGCUGGCUGCCAGGGGGGCGACCAUCACAGAGCUCAACACCGUCAGGAAGAACCUGUCCACGCUCAAGGGGGGCAAGUUAGCUCUGGCUGCGAGGCCUGCACAGGUCAUCAGUUUGAUCCUGUCAGACAUUGUUGGUGACCCCCUUGACCUGAUAGCCAGUGGUCCCACUGUCCCAGAUUCCUCUACCCCACAGGACGCCAUCAAUGUCAUCCACAAGUAUGACAUCCAGGAUGACAUUCCCCUGUCCGUCUGGAGCUACCUGACCAGACAGUACCAAAGGAAGAGCAGCAAAGACCAGGACUUUUCACACGUGCAGAAUGUUUUAGUGGGAAGCAACAGCAUUGCAGUCAGUGCUGCGAAGGUGUGUGCAGAGAAGCUGGGGUACAGGACUCUCGUCCAUUCCACUUGUCUGCAAGGGGAGGCCAGCACUGUUGGGGAGAUGUAUGCAACCAUGGCUGCACUGCUAGCUAAUGUGUUUAAUGGUAGGGAUAGGAUAAUUGAGAAAUCCCUCUUCAACUCGCUCCUACAGAAGUAUGGUGUGGAUGGUUCGUGCCUGAGGUUAGUGCUGCAAGUUGCCGUGGAGGCUGAGACCCAAAAGAAGCCAGUGUGUAUCAUAAGUGCAGGAGAGACCACUGUUACCCUGAGGGGUGAUGGAAAAGGUGGUAGAAACCAGGAGAUGGCACUUGCCACUGCUGUGGCAAUGAGCAGGGACAGUAUUCUCAGAUACGAGAGCCGCACACAAGUGGUGUUCAUGAGUGCAGGUACUGAUGGGCAGGAUGGACCGACGGAUGCUGCAGGGGCAUUGGCUGAUCCUGGUCAGGUGACCAGGGCAAAUGAGCAGGGAUUGGCUGCCACAGAGUUCCUGGAGAACAAUGAUUCAUACAACUUCUACAGAAGUGCUGAUGGAGGACAAGGCCUUGUUACCACAGGGCUGACAGGGACCAAUGUGAUGGACAUACAAAUUCUUACAGUCUGUGGCUCCUGUGAUUCUAACCUUUGAUAAAAAUGUGCUAGUGCAAUGGUAUAGAUAUGAUGCUGAAUUUCCAAGAUAAUAUUUACAAAGGGUAGAUUGCUUAAACUAUAGUUGUAGGGUUUGGAAAGGAUUAGUGAGAAUGAAACCUUGGUGCUAUUAGAACUGCCAAUAUUUUGUUAGUGAAUGAUAAAGAUGCAGUUGGCAAUGCCCUUUUUUCUAUUAUUUGUAUGUUUGCUUUCUUGCAGAACAUUAGCUGAUAUCCCUUGUACAUCUGAUGUGUUGGCAAGUUAUAGUGGAUGGUUGUGGCAUUGUCAAAUUCACCUUAAUGUCUUGAAUAUUAACUAAAAUGUAUGCUAUAAAUUCGCUUUAUGAAAGAAUAUAUUCCUUUAGAGAUGAAAUGUGGGUUUAUGAGGUACAUUUUGUUCCAGGUUUCUUAACUGUAUUUGCUGACAAGGUUAUCUACUUUGCAAAUUGUCAUGGCAUGUACAUGUAGUACAAGCUUUUUAUUUACUUCUGUUUGAUGGGCUUUUUGUUAAGAAACUACACGAAGAAAUAUAAAAACAGACAAAGGAAAUGACUUUCUAUGAUUUAAUGAAUCUAUCAAAAUGACCUGUUGAAUUUGGGUAAAAUGUACAGGUAAAAUGUAUUCAAAAGAGGGAGAGUAGUGUACAUCUACAUGAUUUUUUUUUUGCAAUGAUUUGUGAAUAUGUAUAAAGGAAACUUUGACUCUCUAUUAUUAGGUUUGCUCCUGUUUCAGGACAAAGUCAGUUUGAAGAAUAAUUUUUCAUUACCAACAACAAUAGUUGCUACUGAACAAGUGAGAAUUUACCAAACAUUUCAGGAUAAUUUGAUCACUUGCCAGGAGUUGCCAUUGGGACGGAGCUUCCAUCCACACAGAUACUGUUUCUGUAAAAUGAAAGGUGCUCAACAUAUAACUACAUUGCACAAUAGCUGUAACAUUGAACUUUAAGACUAGCUGUUGAUAGCUUCUUCAAAAUGACUUGCCUGUCCCUUAAAGGUUUUGAAAAGGUGUAAGACAUGUCUGAUGCUAUCUUGUUAAAAAUGUUCAAAAUCGGGGAUGUUUCGAUAUUUAUAUAAUACAUUGACAUUUUUCUUCUAAGCUUACAUUUUGCAGUGAUUCCUCUCCUGCACCAUUUCAUGCGAUUUGAAAAUACAAAUGUACCUCUUCCCGCCUUUCCACAGCUCUCAGAUAAAUAACAAUACAUAAAAACAGC